UACAGAGUGUUACAGUAAAAAUGGUGGAAACUGUUACCCGUCGGCGGAAGGAUUUAGAUAAAAAGGCGGGGACGGCGGAUAAAAAGGAUUCUGGCAGAAAAGUUGAAGAUAGAAAAGUACUCCGUGGCAGAUACAAUCCUAAACUGAGUGACAAGGAUUCAUCCAUAUCCCAUAGUAUGCUAGCGAAACUUGUGAUCGGAGCAGGGGCUGUUAUUUACCUAAUUUAUAACAAAAUGCAAGAGAGUGAAGGUUUUGUAAGAAUGGCGGGGGUAGAGGAGGAUAUUGACAUAAAACGUGUUCAACAGUUCCUUUGUUCUCCAACCUACAAGAGAGAGAUACAAGAGUUAAAUCCACCCUGUGUUCCCACAAAGUGUGGUAGAUUUCUAGUAGACAACCUGGUGUCCACGGCAGAAGCCCACGCACUCCUGGAUAUCGCUAAGAAAGGACUCUCUAAGGGAGGAGGAGCUGGGGGAGCUUCAAUUCUUGAUUUGCAUUCUGGAGCUUUGUCCUAUGGAGAGAACUUUAUAAACCUGUACACCAGUCAUCCCAACCUGUACACUAAACAUGACUUUCAGGUGUACAGUACUGUCAAGGAUCGGGUGAAAAGAGCAGUCUCGGAGCACUUUAAUAUCGAUGACGACCAGCUGUAUCUGACCCACCCCACCUUUUUCUCUGAGCUGACUUCUCUACCAGCCAAGACACUCCAUGAUGAGUACUGGCACGACCAUAUUGAUAAGGACACCUACCCUUCCUUCCACUAUACUAGCCUACUCUAUCUAACCAAUUAUAAGAGGGAUUUCACUGGAGGCAGGUUUAUAUUCAUCGACAACCAUUCUAAGACAAAUCGAACUGUAGAACCUAAAGAGGGAAGGGUUUCUGUCUUUACAUCCGGCCCUGAAAACAGGCAUAGAGUAGAGGAGGUUUCAGGCGGCACCAGGUAUGCUCUGACAAUGGGAUUCACUUGUGACAAGACCAAGAGAAUUGCAGAUCCUGGUUUAGAUCAGGAUAACAAGGAUCAUGACCAGAACUAGGAGAAGUACUGGGUCCUGGACCACCGCCAACACAUAGCUUUGGUCCGGACAACACCUAUGUCCAUGACAAGUAUCAGGACAAGUCCAGGAAAAGAACUAGGACCUAGCUUGGGUCCAGGACAAGAACUAGAACCUAGCUUAGGUCCAGGACAAGAACUAGAACCUAGUUUGGGUCCAGGACAAGAACUAGAACCUAGCUUAGGUCCAGGACAAGAACUAGAACCUAAUUUGGGUUCAGGAGAAAAACUAGAACCUAGCUUAGGUCCAGACAAGAACUAGAACCUAGCUUAGGGACAGAACAAAUAUCAGGACCUAGCUUAAGGACUGGACAAGUACCAGGACAAAGUUUAAGUUCAGAAAGUUCAUGACUAGGCCCAGCACUAAAAGCUUGGACUUAUUGUGCUCAGAAAUGGAACAUUUAUAUUAGUUUGUUAUUACCUUUACGCACUGGUUCCUUAAAGUAGAUUCUCAAAAAAGCAUUAUUAUGUACAUUUUUUUCUCAUUUUAUGAAAAUGAUUUGGUAUGUUUUGCAUUUCUUUUAACAUUUUUGUUUGAUAUUGUUACGUUUUGUGAUAUUUUGUUCUGCUAGCAUUGUUUGUGCUUUUCUGUGAUAAACCGUUAACCUUGCAUUCCUUAGAUCUCUUGUUUUCAGA